UUAAAAAAAAUAUCUAACAUGUAUUUUUAAAUAGUUGAAAGUAUGACCAAUAGGGUUAAUUUAAUGGUUGAAGGAGAAGGAGUUGGGUAGUAGAACAUAAAAAUCUAAGUUAAAAUUUUUAUUGCAACUAACUUUGUAAUUUUCUCUUAUGAAAACAUUAAAUAUAAUAUACUUAAUAUUAAUUAAUUAAUAUUUCAAAUAUAUCUUUAAUAAAAUAAGAUCUAUUUAUAACAAUUUAUUUCAAUUAUUAUCUUAACAUAAAUAUUACAAAAGAUUGGUUUUUAUUAAUGUAAGACAUAAUAUAAGUUUUGUAAGAUAUGACUUUGAAGGGAGAGAAGCUUUGAGGACCUAAACACUUCUCUUUCUUCUUCUCAAAUUUUUAAGGAAAAAUUCAUGCUUGGAGACUUUGUUUUCUUCUUCUCCAAGACUUUGUAGCUAGGGGUGAUUCAAAGCAAUUUGGAGAUGAGAAUCUCAUGGAGUAAGUGCGGAGGUCGGGUUGUUGGAGCUUGGAGCCCAUUUCCUUCUCUUUCUCUUCUAUCUCAGAGUAGCUCGGAGUUCUUCCUAGGUUUCACUCCAUUUCAAGGUAUCAUGGGGAAGAACUUGUGGCGUGAGCUAAAGCAUCGCUACAAUAUUACCGAGCUCGAGGUCCCCGAGCUUCGAGAGGAAGAUGCUUCCCCCUUGAAAGUUAACCGAAAAAGAAAGAGGGGAGCGAAGGAGGUCGGGGGGACCUCUGCCCCUCCAGACGCCGAGGAGGUGACCUCCAAGGCAGCCGAUGCUGGUGCAGUGGACCUUAUCGAGAGUCCAUCGCCCAAGGGGGCUCCUCAGGUGGCCCCAGAGGAGGUGGCUCAGACUGCUGAGCAGGUUGCUCAAUCUGCCGAAGUGGAGAUGCUGCCUAGGCGGCGACCCAGGCUGCUGGGCAGGCCGCCCAGGCUGGCUGCCGAGGUGGUGGCUCCAGCCACCGAGCAGGUUGCCCAUGCUGCUGAGGCGAGGUCGGAGGUUCCUAUCGCGGACUUUCUAGUUGCCGAGCAGGGGGCACCGGCUUCCGCCUCUGUCGAGGCUCGGCCUCUAUUUUUCUGUUCCUUGAAUUCAUGUAUUGAACUCGGGUUUGAACUCGUCCUCGGAUAG